UACGUUUUAAUAACCCGGAAACGCAUCCGGAUAUGGUAGAAUAGAUAAGUGAGUUUUGUUGGCAGAUCUGCUGUAAAAUAUUUCGAAAUCAUCAAAUGAAAAAUGUAUAUAGUCCCCCAAACCAUCUGAGACAAUGCUAAACAUAAAGGAGUGAUCGUGUGACACGGAAGUCAAGUUGUAACUGCCAGGAUUGUUCCUCCAUAGGCUUUAUCCAGCUGCAUGGUAGUUCUUCAAAGUCUCAUUAUGGACACUGUGACUUUUGCAGAAACAUACAUUUAUUAAUUGGAGCAAGAGCUAUCUGAGGGAGAUGGUCCACUACUGAGGUUUAUUUAGAAGAUCUCCUAUCGCGUAUGUGCGCUUGAAGACAGAUUGUGGUCCAUCAUGUUUGUGACAGCAUAUCUGGCAUUUGCAGUCUUGGUUGGAUUAUGCGUGGCUUUAGAGAUCACUGCUCGCCGUCUCACCUCACCCCAGGCCACACAGACCGCUGUUGCUAAUCCGGCAUUCCGACGUUUCCAGAACCUUUUUCUGAAGGCCUAUCUCCUGGCCCUCUGGGCUGACUGGCUGCAGGGACCUUACCUUUAUAAACUCUAUCGACAUUACAAUUUCCUGGAGUCUCAGAUUGCCAUCCUAUAUGUAUGUGGUCUCGCCUCUUGUGUGCUGUUUGCUCCAGUGGCCGGCUGGCUACCGCAGUUUCUGGGCCAAAGACGGACGUGUCUCCUGUUCUGUCUGGCCUAUUCCAUCUGCUGUGUUACCAAGCUGUCCCAGGACUAUUUUAUGCUCAUGCUAGGACGUGUCCUAGGAGGCCUCUCCACUUCCCUGCUGACCACCACGUUUGAGGCCUGGUAUGUGCAUAGUCACAUAGAUGUCCAUGACUUUCCCAAAGAAUGGAUUCCUGUUACCUUUACCAAAGUUGCCAACUGGAAUCACGGACUGGCGGUAGCCGCCGGGCUCGUGGCGAACCUGUUUGCAGAAUGGCUGGGGCUGGGACCAGUUGCUCCAUUCCUACUGGCGAUCCCGAGCCUUGCUGCCUGCGGCUGGUUUGUGCUGUCUGAAUGGGGUCAAGAGGACAGACUAGAGGGUGCGCACGGAGACAGGAACGGCCCCCUUUUGAACCCUCAAAAUGCCCCAAAGUUGCAAAUAUCAGCACAGGCCCGUUUCUGGCGUGGCUGUCUGGAGGGGUUGCGCUGCUUACUGUCGGACCGUCGUGUUAUGCUGUUGGGUGGCGUGCAAGCACUCUUCGAAAGUGUCCUCUACAUUUUUGUGUUUCUUUGGACCCCUGUGCUGGACCCCCACGGCCCUCCUUUGGGAAUCAUUUUCUCUAGUUUGAUGGCUGCCAGCAUGGCCGGCUCCACACUUUUCCGGCUAGCCACAUCAGCACCUUAUCGACUCCAGCCAGGUCACCUGCUCUGCUUGGCUGUGCUACUAGCUUUCUUUUCCUUCUUCAUGCUGAUGUUUUCCACCGUGCCUGGCCAACCCAGGCCAAAGGAGUCUCUGCUUGCCUUUCUUCUGCUUGAACUAGCCUGCGGACUUUAUUUCCCUGCGGUGAGUUUUCUACAGGGGCGUGUGAUCCCCAUGGAGCGCCGAGCCGUGGUGCUGGCGUGGUUCCGUUUGCCUCUCCAUCUCCUGGCUUGCCUGGGGCUGCUGGCUCUUCAUGGGGAGGUUUCUGGGGCAGGUGCGGGUGAGGCUGGAAGUGGCACCAGACAUAUGUUUGCUGGCUGUGCUGGGAUGAUGCUGGCUGCUCUGCUUGCUGUGGUCAGUCUUUUCACUGUGGGCAGGAAUGAUGCAGAUUUGAGACUAGAGGGGACCAAAUUGGAAGGAGAAAUCUGAGUAUAGUAGAGAUGGACACUGGAUUACAAAAUGAAGAUAAAUGUAUAUCGAUUGUAUAUCAUUUGUAUCUAUAGGUAGAACAGAUCAGAAAGUAUAUGGUUUAAUUGCUUCCUUCUUAUUUCCCUGUUAAUAGAACCAAUAAACUCCUUAAAUGUUG